AUGGAGGCUGCCCGACCACAACCACAACCGCAACCCUCACACCCAGCCGCUAACCCCCCAAGCGUCGAAAUAGCCUACAAGCGCAAAUGUAUCGCGCUCAAGAAACGCCUCGCAGAGGUGGAGGCCGAGAAUGAACUCAUGCGGACGCGCAACCGCCGCGGAUGGCAGUACAUCCAAAAAAUGCGCCUCGAGUCAUGCAUGCUGCUCGAACGUCUUGCCAAAGUCACCGGCAUGGCGGAGGAGGCCAAGUCCGACGCCGCCGCGGAUCCAGAUCUGCGCGCUCGCGCUGCAGCCAUGAUGUCCAAUGCUGCCGCGCUGAAUGGCCUCAUCGGACAGGGGCAGCAGCAAGGCAAUGGGACUCAUCUGGAGGAUGAUACGGAAGGAAGCUCGGAUGAACAACCUCCUACUCCCGAAGAACGUCCCCUCCGCGUUAAACGCUCGCGCAAAUCAAACGUUAACCUCGACGACGGCCCCGAAGACAAUGCCCCCGCCGCCGAGAACGUCACACAAUCCAGUGCUGGUGGAGGCGAACUGCCACGCCUUGCCCCGGCCCCGACACAGGAAGAACUCACCUCCUCGUUCCGCGUCCAGACUGACCGAAACGGCUCUGCCCCUGAGGGAGGAGACCGGACGCCCGCCGCAGCGAGUGCACACAGCAAUGAUCGCCGCGAAAGUCAGCAGGCGGAGUCCCAUCCUGCAGAGACGGCUGCUGAGUCUGGGACGACACCGAUGGACAUGGAUACCAAGGAGCCGAAGGUGGAGCAGACCUGA